AGGCGCUCAGAGGACUGACGACAGGAAGUGGAGUAUAUAGGCUACUGCAAGUCCUGCACAUCUUUGACACCCAGAGGAUUUCAGACUGUUUUUCUGAAGGAAAGCGUGAGUGGGAUUUCCUUGAGUCCGCUUUAAUCGGGGUUUAUCACAAACGGUGCCAGUUGAGGAGUUACUAUGGAAACCAAAACAGUAACGCUGGAGGAGGAAAAGUCCCAGAUGUCUCACAGUGUGAAACUGUCCUCUCAGAAGAAGAAGAAGACCUUCACUUCCAGUGAUGAGGAGGUUUCCUACUCUGAUUUCUAUCCCAUAAUCCCUGCUGAUCUGAUGUCCGUCAAGGAGAUCCUGGACAUGGGAAACGUCCCCCGUCACAGGACAUGGGAAAUCCUGAGGGAAACAGCUGAUGAAGAAUAUCGCAGAAUUAAGUGGACUCUGUUUGGGAAUGAAGCCGAGAAAGUGGAGCUAGAUGUGAUCAGGAACCAGCACCUGCUGCGUACAAGAGUUGACAAAAUGGCCCUUCGGAAACAGGCAGAGAAGAAGGCAUCUGAACAUCUGAAGUACCUGGGCCGUCUGAGGCAGAAGGUUCCGGACUUCUCCAUCCCUCUGAGGUCUCACACCGUCUGGGAGGGCAUGUUGGUGGUCCUCACAUGCACGGUCCAGGGCUGCCCGACGCCAAAGGUCACAUGGUAUAAAGAUGGUCUGCCGCUGAGGAUGUCACAACAACCGUGGAAUUACAUGCUUCAAGAAAGAUUCGGUCUCCAUUCCCUGGAAAUCAGAAGGUGCACUCCUGAGGAUGCAGGCGAGUAUAAAGUGGUGGCGAAGAGUACCCUGGGUGAAGCUACAACUUUUGCAACUGUAGUGGUGAACUCAUAUCAAGGAGCCGUGUCUGGUUCAGAGCAGUCACAGACCUCCGUUUGGGAGUUGGAGCCAGAAGCCCGGUUUGGUGCCUCCUUCCAACCGUCAUGGGUGAAGGAGGGUGAUAGCCUCACCCUGCAGGUCACCUUCACCUCCCCGCUGCUGCCCUUCCAACAGGACGUCAGCUGGUUCAGAGAUGGGAUCCAGCUGCAUCCAUCCCACACUGUGGACAUGAAGACCACCAAUGACAAGGCCUCCAUCACUUUAGGGGCUGUGUACAAGGAGCAUGAAGGUGUUUACACUGUGCAGCUGAGGACCCACGACGGAAUAAAGGAACAUAGUGCUUUUGUGUACGUCACAGAUGCGUCGGCUGCGGUGCUCGGAGGUCCUGCUUCACCUCUGGCCCUACAGGUGUGUGACGUCAACAAGGACUAUGUGUUCCUCAGUUGGCAGCCACCCAGUGCAGACGGAGGCUCAGCUGUGGAGGGCUAUUAUGUGGAAAGAUAUGACCUCAGUCAGGGGAAAUGGGUGCGCUGUAAUGUGCAUAUUCAGAAAAUGUGCCACUACCCUGUGUUUGGGCUCAAAGAAGGAGCUACGUACCAGUUCAGGGUGCGUGCUGUUAACAAGGCUGGUGCAGGACGUCCAUCCAAAGCUACAGAGCCCAUCGUCACUGCUGACCCCCUGGAACACACCAGGACUAUGGUGGUCACCGUAAAUGAAGGAUGGACAAUCACCAUUACAAAAGAUGAACUGGAAGGUGAAGUGAAAGUUCCCUUCCCUCCUACGAACGUCCACGCCUGUGAAGUGAGUGACACCUACGUAGUCCUGAGUUGGACUGAACCCGAACCCAGAGGCAGAGAACCGCUCACCUUCUAUGUCGAGAGGUCGUUGGCAGGACAGAACAGCUGGGAACUGGCCAGUCUGGACAUGGUAGUGAGGUCUCCACGGUUCCCGGUGUUCGACCUGGUCAAGGACAAGCAGUACUGUUUCAGAGUCCGCUCCGUCAACAAGUACGGUAUCAGUGACCCCUCGGAGGCCAGCAAACCUAUCUCCUUUGGAAAACAACAAGCUGUGCCAGCCCCACCCCACUCUAUCACAGUCAUGAGAGACACAGACACCUCAGUGGAGCUGGAGUGGAAGGAGCCCAGAGAAAAAGAGCGCAUCCUGGGCUACUACAUAUACUACGCUGAGACUGGAACACAGGACUGGAAGACUGUCAACAACAAGCCUAUUACCAAAACCAGGUUUAUCGUCCAUGGUCUGAAGACUGGGAGGCAGUAUGUGUUCAGGGUGAAGUCUGUGAGCCGAGCAGGAAACAGCAUGUAUUCAGAUGAAUCUCCUUCCAUCAGGGUCAAAGCAGCCAUUAAUGUUCCGUCUGCUCCCUCUGCCAUCGCUCUGCUGCUGUGCACCGGAUCGGAGAUGGUGUUGGGCUGGAGGGCCCCUGCACGUAGCGGGGGAAACCCUGUGCGUGGUUACUAUUUGGACAAAAGAGAAAAGGGCAAGGACACGUGGUGUGAGGUGAACGUGAAACCUGUCAGAGAAAGGCAGCUUAAGGUUUGUAAUCUGACUACCGGACACUUCUACCAGUUCCGUGUGUACGCUGCCAAUGCGGCCGGUGUCGGGAAGCCGUCUGAGGCCAGCGAAGCUUUUCUGUGUGAGAAGUGGACGAUGCCAGAGCCAGGUUGCCCUUAUGACCUGGAGGUGAGGGAUGUGAGGAAUGACUCUGUGGUGCUGCUGUGGGCUCCACCUUUGUAUGAAGGCCAAGGCCCCGUUACUGGCUAUUUGCUGGAAAUGAGUCAAGGGGAGCAGUCGGACAAUUGGACGACAAUAAACGACAGUUCAGUCUCUGACACUCAAUACAAGGUGUCAGGGCUUCAGGAGGGUCAAACCUACCGUUUCCGUGUGUCGGCUGUCAAUGAAGCAGGAACUGGAUGGGCCUCACUGCCCUCUGAACCUGUCAUAGCUCAGACUACAACAGACAAUAAAAACAUCGAAAUCGGCGUGGACGAUGAUGGCUUCAUAUUUCUGAGCUAUGAAACCAAUGAGAAGGAAUGUGUCUGGAGCAAAAACUACACAGAACCUAUUGAUGCCAGCAGAGCCCAGGCACAAAACAAGAACAAUAGGUCGGUCCUGACCUUCAUGGACCCGUCUGAGGAGGAUCUGGGUCUCUACUCAGUGCAAAUGAGCGACAAUCUCGAUGAGUCAUCAAGCUACGACUUCACCGAUGAAGACCUUGAACGUCUUAAAGAACUCAGCUGGCAAGUUAGAAAUCCAUUGAUAGCGCUGAAGUCUGGCUGGCAGGUGGAGGUUUCGGAGACAGGCAGCGUGCGUCUUUGGCUUCAAACAGAGAGUCUGAGUAAUGCAGCUGAGCUCCGUCUCAUCUUCAAUGACCGGGAAAUCUCCAGCACCCCGCACCGUAAGAUCAACUUCGACAAGGCCAAAGGUCUGGUGGAGAUACUGUUCGAUCAGCUCUCUCGGGAGGACGAGGGUUCAUACACAGCCCAGCUGAGGGACGGCCGAGCCAAGAACCAGUGCACUUUGGUCUUCGUGGAUCAAAAGUUUCGUGAGAUACUUGCCUUGGCGAAUGCAAACCGGCGUGACCACCAGAGAAAGACCGGACCCUAUUUCCAGGAGUACUUGUCUUGGAGCGUGACUGAAGAGUGUGAAUUAGUGAUGAAAUGCAAGGUGACAAAUACCAACAAGGACACAUGUCUGAAGUGGUUUAAAGAUGGCAUGGAGAUGAAAGAAGUUUUGCGCGACCUAUCAUCAGGGCUCAGCUCGUUCACCAUUACACAGGUUACACAGAAAGAGACAGGUUCGUACAAAGCUGUGGUGUCAGAUAAGAGAGGAGAGGACGUCAGUACCUUAGCGUUACUGGAUGACGAGUUUGACAAGCUUCAGCAGCAGUUGAGUAAACAGUGUGCGUUGUCAGCUGGCCCGCUGAGUAUGGAGUGCACUGCUGACGGUUUCAAGCUCUACUGCUCACUCAAGUAUUAUAUAACCUACCUGAAGACCAACUGGCACUUAAAAGAGAAGAGGAUUGACCAGGGAGUCAGGACCAGACCUGGCAGCAGCACACAGAAGGUCUGGCUUGAAAUACUGAACCCGACUGAGAGCGACAAAGGAAAGUACACACUGGAGAUGUUCGAUGGCAAAGAGACACACACCCGCUGUCUUGACCUGUCUGGACAAGCCUUUGCUGAGGCCUUGAAGGAGUAUCAGAGGUUAAAGCAAGUGGCCAUGGCUGAAAAAAAUCGAGCCCAUGUGACAAAGGGUCUCCCUGAUGUGGUAGCCAUCAUGGAAGGAAAGUCUCUUUGUCUGACAUGCUUCAUCGAGGGUGACCCGACCCCGGAGGUCUGCUGGCUUCGAAAUGACAAGGAGAUUGCAAGUCAGGACCAGUUUGUCGUUACUAAAGAGCCUAAGUGCAGCACUAUCACAAUCACCAAUGUCAACCCGGAAGACUCUGGGAAAUACAGCAUCUUUGUACGCAACAAAUACGGCUCUGAUACAGUUGAUGUGACUGUGAGCGUGUACAAGCAUGGGGAGAAGCUUCCAGAAAAUGCUGUGAUGAUGAGUUAAGACAGGAAUCUAAGAUAGACUGAGGAAGUGCUUACUGUAUGUGCAGCUUGGCUUUAAAAAUAUAUAUAUAAGGUGUCCAUAAAGUCUCUUUACAAUUUAACAUAUUUAUUACAAAAGCAAAUGAAUAGACAAAUCUGUGGAAAUUAUUACAAAAUGAAAAGUAGAUAUUGAAG